UAACCGGUCGAAAAGCACUGGUAUAGAGAUUAGUUGCCGUCAAACGAUUAAAAGGAAGAUGGCCGACUAUACUCCUUCGACAAAUAUCAGAGCGAGGAAAGGCGCUUUAAACAGAGAAAAUGUAUCGCUGAUUAAAGAUCAUAAGUUUAUUGCAACUCUUUUAAAACAACCGACUUUUUGCUGCCAUUGUAAAGAUUUUAUUUGGGGUUUCGGCAAGCAGGGAUGUAAGUGUCAAGUUUGCAACUUUGUGGUUCAUAAAAGGUGUCACGAAUUGGUCAAGUUUACUUGUUCUGGAGUCGACAAAGGGGAUGUUAGGACGAAACACAAUUUUCAUGCCCAUACUUUCUUGAGUCCCACUUACUGCAAACAUUGUGGUUCUCUACUUUAUGGCAUCAUCCAUCAAGGACUCAAAUGCAAAGCAUGUAAUAUGAACGUCCAUAAACGAUGCCAAGAAAAUGUUCCGAAUCUUUGCGGUGUGAUUGCGCUGGAAAAGAGGGAAGGAUAAAAUUUAACUAUUAAAUUUGUAUUGUUGAUUCUUUGAAGAAAUAAUAUACGAAAAAAAAAAAAAACAAAUACAUAAAAUAAAUUCUCCAAAACAAUGUCGUUGCCUAAUACCAUAGUAGAUUUGCAUUAAUUGUAAUUUGAGAAUUCGUUAUUAAAGUUUAUUUUGUAUAAUACAAAUUAAUACGUAGCUUUAUACAUUUCUUAAGCUUGUCAUGGAGCAGCAUAUUGGUCGGUGGAGGUGUAUAAAACGUUUGACAGUGUAUUGAAGCAGUCACUCGGUCACGUGAUUACUUACUCGCUUCAACCCACCUUCUGUUUCCGGACAAAUUUUUCUCGUGUAAGUAUUUUCGCUAUACUCGCGGGCAUCACGUGAUAGAGUA